AUGCCACUUCCUAGUCGCUUAACUGGAGAAGAGUAUCAAGCUCAACUUGUGUCAGCAGGAGUUUCUCCUCAAGCAAUCGAGGGGAUUCUCAAGGUAUGUGCAGAUGGAAAAGAUGCAUAUUCCAAGUACGGGGACAGUCCAAGUUUCCACGAUGCAAUUGAAUGCGUAACCAAACUAUACGUGGAUUUGGAGACGUUCAUAAAGACUCAAUCUGAAGAAGAUCAAGCUGCCUAUGCCAAGUUUCAAGUCAAGAGAGGAGCUGAAUAUAAAAACUAA